UAUUGUGGACUACCACGAAAAAAGAUUUGUGCCCCUAAAAAAGGAAUUUUUUUGGAUUCAGGUCGCUCAUUUCCAUGGCCGGAAGCAUCGCAAGAUUAAUGACACGUCCACCGCUUAAUCCAGUUAUCGGGCGUCGGAUUCUGGUAUUCCUCCCCCGCUCCGUUUGGACCCGACCCGAUUCUGACCCGGCCUCCUCCUCCUCCAAGGAGAAGAAGCAGCAGCGGCAGCAAGGCCACCGCCUCGCUUCCGUCGUCGACGCCGUCAACGACCGCAAGCUGCCCCCUGAACUCCGCAGUCGCCCUAACGCCGUUAGGUCAGAGACAGAUAUCAUCAAUGUAGCAGAGCGAAGAAUAUGGCAAUCAAUGGAGGAAGGGCACUUUGAAAACCUACCAGGACGAGGAAAACCUCUCGACUUCAGCACAAAUGCUCACGCCGAUCCUGCAGAGGACACACUGUACAGAAUCCUUUCGAGAAAUGGUUGUGCUCCAGAGUGGGUUGAACUGAACAAGGAAAUUAGGUGCAAUAUUGCAGAGUGGAGGUUAGCCUUGAAGAAAGCUCAAGCAAAUCGAACAAACAACUUAGGUUCCACAUGGCCUAAGGAUUUGGAGUACCUUAAAGAACAGAUGCGGGAUAUUAACAUUAAGGUACUCCGGUACAAUCUCAUAGUGCCCUUUGGUCGGCAAAUGUUUGGACUCAAAUGGGAGAAAGAAAUAGAUAAGUUGGAGUGUGCUUGUAUGUGUGUGUAUGUGUAUGCAUUGGGUGUGUGUGCAUGUAGACGGAUACGCGGGCGAACAAGUGUUCAGUUGUACAAGUGGUUUGUGUGCGCGUGCGUGGGUGUAAGCGGGCAUGUACAUGGACGUGUGCAUGAUUGUGUAUGUGCCCAUGUGCAUGUUGGUGGAUGUUCGUAUGUGUGAAUGGGUCCACGCGUGCGCGUAGACGCAAUGGCAUGUGUGCACACGUAUGAGACGUGUAUGGACAUGUGGGUGCAUGUAGUGUGGUUGGUGGAUAUUAGAGGCAAAAUGUUAGUGUGGUUGGUGGAUGUUAGACGCAAGCACACGUGCAUGAAGGCAUCAGAUUUAUUUCCUAUACAUGUAUUAUCGGUGCAUGUGUCGCGUGCAUUUUUUGCGUAUGUGUAUGAUGCCAUGCAUAUGUAAUUACUAUGUAUUGUGGUGUGUAUCUGAAACCGUGUCUUUACUAUGUAUUGUGGUGUGUAUCUGAAACCGUGUCGUGCGUGUAUUGUUGUGCGUAU